GAGUCAUGAUUAAACGUAGCCCUCUGCCCUUACUUUUUGCCACGUGGAAAGUGGCUUCUUCAACCACUAGUACAAGUAGCGGUUCCUGGGGACUUCAUUCUCAGAACAAUUGAUUUCAGUUUGACAAGUAACAGCCAUAGAGCUUCGAUUUUUCCGAAGAACAUAACAUCAGCGAUGGUAAGUGUUGCUGCUUCAAGCUUUGCAUCAAGGAGUACUUCACCUUUCCACCAUGGACAGGGUGUAGCAUCGGGAUCAGAUCCAAAAGCAAUACAAAUGAAAAUUAGCUUAAUGAAACAAACCGUGACCCACAACGGGCUAAGAAGUUUGAACAGAGAGGAUCAGUUGUAUGUCAAAACCAUGGCAAAAGUAAACAGCAGGCAAGCUGAGAGGAAAAAGUUUAGAAGAGAGAAUGGCCGGAGCAUGGGAGUCAUUGUUUGUAGAAGUGGCAUGAAUUUGGUAUUUGUGGCAGCAGAGGUUGCUCCAUGGAGCAAAACUGGUGGCCUUGGUGAUGUUCAUGGAGGUUUGCCACCAGCUAUGGCCGCUUUUGGCCACCGUGUAAUGACCAUAGCUCCCCGUUAUGACCAGUACAAAGAUGCUUGGGAUACGGAUGUUAUUAUUGAGGUUAAAGUUGGAGACAAAAUUGAAAAAGUUCGCUUUUUCCAUUGCUACAAACGAGGAGUUGAUCGGGUGUUUGUGGAUCAUCCUAUGUUCCUUGAGAAGGUGUGGGGGAAAACUAAAUCCAAAAUCUACGGGCCUAUAACUGGAGUGGACUACCAAGACAACCAACUUCGAUUCAGUUUGUUAUGCCAGGCGGCUCUGGAAGCACCAAGGGUUCUAAAUCUUAACAGUAGUAAAUAUUUCUCUGGACCAUAUGGAGAAGAUGUUGUUUUCAUUGCCAACGAUUGGCAUACUGCCCUUCUUCCAUGUUACCUCAAAUCUAUGUACAAAGACAAAGGAAUUUACGAAAGUGCCAAAGUUGCUUUUUGCAUCCACAAUAUUGUUUACCAAGGAAGAUUUGCAUUUGCCGAUUUCGCACUUCUCAAUCUCCCAAAUGAAUUUAAAGGCUCUUUUGAUUUCAUAGAUGGGUAUGAUAAACCCAUUAAGGGUAGGAAAAUCAAUUGGAUGAAAGCUGGAAUAUUAGAAGCAGACAAGGUCUUAACUGUUAGCCCACACUACGCCCAAGAACUUGUUUCUGGCAAAGACAAAGGCGUGGAAUUGGAUAACAUACUUCGUAAAACUGGUGUUACUGGAAUUGUGAAUGGGAUGGAUGUCCAAGAGUGGAACCCCUCAGCUGACAAAUAUAUAGGUGUCAAAUAUGAUGCUUCCACUGUGAUUGAUGCAAAGCCUCUUUUAAAGGAAGCCCUCCAAGCAGAAGUUGGGUUACCAGUUGAUAGGAACAUCCCUGUCAUAGGUUUCAUUGGUAGGCUUGAAGAGCAGAAAGGCUCGGACAUUCUAGGAGAAGCCAUUCCCCAAUUUAUCAACGAAAAUGUUCAGAUAAUAGUCCUUGGUACUGGUAAAAAAGCAAUGGAGAAGCAACUUGAACAACUGGAGAUACUGUACCCAGAGAAGGCUAGAGGAGUGGCAAAAUUCAAUGUGCCUCUAGCCCAUAUGAUAAUAGCUGGAGCUGAUUUUAUUUUGCUUCCAAGCAGAUUUGAACCCUGCGGUCUUAUACAAUUACAUGCUAUGCGAUACGGAACUGUACCCAUUGUGGCCUCCACUGGUGGACUGGUUGACACUGUGAAAGAAGGUUUUACAGGAUUCCAGAUGGGAAGCCUCAGUGUUGAAUGUGAUGCUGUGGAUCCAGCGGAUGUGAAUGCGGUGUCCACAGGAGUCAAAAGAGCCCUCGCAACAUAUGGUACUCAAGCUUUGACUGAAAUGAUAAAAAAUUGCAUUGCUCAAGAUCUUUCAUGGAAAGGACCCGCUAAGAAGUGGGAAGCGGUGCUGCUAAGUUUGGGAGUAGAUGGCAGUGAACCUGGAAUUGAUCGUGAGGAGAUUGCUCCGCUUGCUAAGGAAAAUGUUGCUACACCAUAAGAACUUAAAAUUCUACAUGCUUUUGUUUCUUCCUACGCCUGUAAACAAACGUCUGUAAAUUUGAAUUCUACUGGUUUUGUACGCAACAAACCCUGUUAUGGGAGAAUAUGAUGUGGAAAAUAAGUUUGCCAACGAUAUGUAAUUUCAAAUAAUUUUGAAGGGCUUUAACAGCUCUUGCCUCUUGCAAACAAAUAAACCACUUAACAGUA